GAUCGGCCUCCAGAAGUGUCCCACAAUGCCUGUGCUAACCACUCUGGUCAUCACUUUGAACUCUACUGCCCUGCCCUCAGGUGACCAACCGUCAGACCCGCACUUUAAGUUCUCUGGGAAUUUUGAAAAAUCCCCUUCCUGUUUGCUCAGCCAGGCGUGGAGUGCUCUCAGCGAAUCUUUCCAGCUGACCAUGCCUCCACACUCCAGACGAGCCCCAGUAUGGAGCAAUGGUGAGUUGCUGGACCUCAGCAGUGUUUGGGGGGAGGAAGCUGUCCAGUCCCAGCUGCGCUGCAGCCGUAUGAAUUACGAUACCUUCGGGCAGAUAUCAAGGGACAUGCUAGAAAGAGGCCAUGACCAGGAUGCAGUGCAGUGCAGGGUUAAAGUGAAGGAGCUGCGGAAUGCCUACCACAAAGCCUGUGAGGCAAACCGCCGCUCCGGUGCUGCCCCCACGACCUGCCGUUUCUACAAAGAGCUGGAUGCGAUCCUUGGGGGCGACCCCACCUCUACUCUGGGGACCACCAUGGACACUUUAGAGCCCAGUGCAACAAGGCAGGAGCAGGAGGAAGAGGAGGAGGAGCAAAGCGGGAGCAAAGGUGCUGAGGCAGAGGAAGACACCCCGGAAUCCCUAGAUGCAUGCAGCCAGGAGCUGUUCUCAAGCCAGGAGGAAGGUGGCCAGUCACAGCGGCCGGUGCUUGGGGAAGGACAAACACCAGAGGCAGUUCCCAAUGCAACCUUGAGAUCUCAGCCGUUUGUGUUAUCACCGGCUGAAAGACUCCAAAGAAUCAGAAAGAGACCACGUAGAAGCAAGGAAGACAUGUUGCAUGAAGUAAUGCCGCAUUCAAGUAAUGAAAUCAAAAAGUGCAGUUGUGGCGGGAGAGUGAAAGGAGGGUCCGCCAGCAGAAUGCGGAUCGCCGGCACCAAAGCACAGAGUGGCUGCUAAGCAUCAUGAAGCGCCAAGUGGACUCGAUACAGGUGCUUGUAGCAAUGCAGGCGGAGCACUACCGCGCCCGCCCUCCCGGCAGCCCUGGUCCCAAAACUCUUUUCCUUGUGCCCCCAUGUCACCUCCAACCCACUUUCCCAAACAUCUGGGUUCUUACCACCACCAGCUGAUUCCAACACCUGUAGUUUCCCCACACAGCUCUGAAAACUACAGCUAUUACCCACUGCACUCAACCCCCAUCACCAUGCAGUAUAGCCAUCCUGAAGUGCAGCACAGCACUCCAGACAGGACAUACACAAAUCUGUGAUUGUACCGUUCCCCACUCCCUUGCCCUUUCUGU